GCUGCACGCCGCAGUUCUGCGGGUUUGAUGUGAAUUAGCGCAGAAAGUGAAGCGAGCAGCGGGUCCUGCACCGGUCUGUGCGCGGAUUACUGGGAGAACCGGCUCGGUUUGAUUUUGGGAGAGGGUUCGCUCUGAGUUUCUGUCCGGUUUGGAUCCGGUUUGUGAGCUUGAAUCACUUGUUUGGGAGCUGGAGGAGGCGCGGUGAGUGGAGCUGGAGCAAUGGCUUCACAUGCAGUGAUUGUUUAGUGCAAAUGUUCUGGGUCCAUUCAGUGAUUGGGAGAGUGAAUCAGUUCAUACCUGCACAGGAGCCGCAGCGGAUUAAGAAGCAUCCUGGAAAGUGAGCCCUCCGACUUCUCCACCUGAACAUGGCGGCAUCAGGUUCACCUGUGGACACGAUAGAUAGUGGAGCCAACAACGAGUUCAGUGACAUCAUCAAGUGGCGAUCAGAUGAACAUGAUGCAGUCCAGACAAAGACCUUCACAAAGUGGAUCAACGCGCAGUUCUCCAAGACGGGGAAGUCGGCUAUCAAAGACCUGUUCUCUGAUCUCAGAGAUGGAAGGAAGCUUCUGGACCUGCUUGAAGGCCUCACAGAAACCCCCCUAACCAAGGAGAAAGGGUCGACCAGAGUCCACUCGCUCAACAACGUCAACAGAGUCCUCCAAGUGCUACAAAAUAACAGCGUGGAGCUGGUGAAUAUCGGAGGGACCGACAUCGUUGACGGGAAUCAUAAGCUGACGCUCGGGCUUAUUUGGAGUAUCAUCUUACACUGGCAGGUGAAGGACAUCAUGAAGGACGUGAUGUCCAGUCUGCAGCAGACCAACAGUGAGAAGACUUUGCUGAGCUGGGUGAGACAGUCCACACGCGGCCACGAUGACGUUAACGUCCUCAACUUCACCACCAGCUGGGCCGACGGGCUCGCCUUCAACGCUAUACUGCACCGCUUCAGGCCUCAUGGGUUCAGUUGGGAGCGGAUCGUGUCUCUGUCCCCGGUGGAGAGACUGGAACACGCCUUCAGCUUCGCCAAAGAUGAGCUCAACAUCGAGAGGCUGCUCGACCCUGAGGACGUAGCUGUUCAGCUGCCGGAUAAGAAGUCCAUCAUCAUGUACGUGACCUCUUUGUUUGCUGUGCUACCCAAUAACAUCACCAUGGAUGACAUCAGAGAGGUGGAGACCCUUCCCAGGAAGUUCAAGGUGGAUGACGCUCAUCCUGUUGGCUCACAGGCGCUGGCUGGCGAGGCAGAGAAAGCCAGCAGGCCGAGGGCAGAGACUCCCAGCACCGUGACGGAGGUCGAGAUGGCAGAAAGCUCCGAGAUGGAACUGGAAUCAUACCAGAUCACUCUGGAGGAGGUUCUCACCUGGCUCCUGUCUGCAGAGGACACACUGCUCAGCCAGGACGAGGUUUCAGACGACGUCGAGGAGGUCAAGGAUCAGUUCCACACACAUGAGUCGUUCAUGGCGAAGCUGACGGCGCACCAGAGCAGCGUGGGUAACGUCCUGCAGGUGGGUAACCAGCUGACUUCUCAGGGUAACCUGCUUGAAGAGGAGGAGGAGGAGAUCCGCGAGCAGAUGAGCCUGCUGAACUCGCGCUGGGAAAACCUCCGGGUCAACAGCAUGGACCGACAGGCCAGACUUCAUGAAGUCCUGAUGGACCUUCAGCAUCAGCAGCUCAAGCAGCUCUCUGAUUGGCUGAAGCAGACAGAAGAGCGCAUCCGUAAAAUGGAGACCGAGCCCAUCGCGGGAGACUUGCACGGAUACACGGCUCAAAUCGAACAGCACAAAGCGCUGCAGAACGACCUGGAGGCCGAGCAGGUGAAGGUGAACUCUCUCACUCACAUGGUGGUGGUGGUGGACGAGAACAAUGGAGAGAGCGCCACCGCUGCGCUGGAGGACCAACUACAGUCUCUGGGCGAGCGCUGGGCCGCGGUGUGUCGGUGGACUGAAGAGCGCUGGACCAGACUGGAGGAGAUUCUACUGGUGUGGCAGGAGCUCCUGGACGAUCAGAACCUGUUCAGAACCUGGCUGAAGGAGAAAGAGGACGCUCUGAAUGAAGUGCAGACGAGCAGUUUCAAAGACCCGAGUGAAAUCAACGCUAACGUUCGUAGAUUAGCGAACCUGAAGGAGGACAUGGCGCAGAAGCGGCGGGCGCUAGGUGCCCUUACCGAGGCCGGUCAGGAUGUUGCACAGCUACUGAGGAGCGACGAAGCCAGUCAGCACAUCGAAACUGACAAUGAGGAGCUGACGCAGCGCUGGGACAACCUGGUACAGAGGCUGGAGGACUGCUCCAACCAGGUGACCCUGGCGGUGGGUGUUGCCGGGACCCCUCAGGUGCAGGAGAGGGUCAGUGUGGAGACCGUCAGAACAGUGGUACAUCGGGUGGAGCGCACGGUUGUCGGCGUCGACCAGGAGCUCCCGCCACCCGCCCCGCCGAAAAAACGGCACCUGGAUACGGACACGGAGCUCUUCAAACUACUGGACAGUGAGGUCCGGGAGCUCUCGUCCUGGCUGGUGAAGUGGAAAACAUCAGCACAGUCGCUUUCCUCAGAAGAUCCACGAGUGUUUCAGAAGAAACUACAGGAUGUGGAGAAGCAGUUGGGAGAGAAGGAACCGCAGCUGAAGCAGGUUCAGGAGAGAGGAGAGACGCUGAGAGAGCAGUUAGAGAGAGAGGGCAUGGCGAGCUCUCAGGUGAGCGCGUCUCUGGAUUCGGUGCGGUCGGAGUGGCAGAGCUGUGAGAAGCUUCGUCAGGACCUGCGGAGUCGAGCUCAGCUCCUGAAGCAGAUGGAUUCUUUCUCCUCAGACCUAAAGCUCCUGGAUCAGGUGCUGCUGGAUGCUGAGACCUGUCUGAACCGAACAGCUGGACAGAGUGCAAGUGCUGACCGGUCAGCUCUGCUCAAACUACAGAACGAGUGUCAGGCUCAGCUGAAAGGGCUGCAGGCUCUGACCUUACGACUUGAGGAGCUCCGUCCUCAGGCAGCGUCUUUUGCGAAGGAACCCGGCGCCUCCGCUGCCAUCCAGAGCCACAUGGCUACUCUCACAUCACGCCAAGCUUCGGCCCUCCAGCAGCUGACUGCGAGAGAGAAGGAGAUAAAUGCAGCUCAGAGCAGGCUGCAGCGGCUCGAGGACAGCGCAGACGUUCAGGUCAGACUGGAGUCCAGACUGUCUGCUCUCACAGCCAACGUGACGGACACCCCGUCCACACAGGAGGCCGUGGACAAAGCUCAGGCUCUGUGUCUGGAGAUCGAGCAGCUGCAGGCUGCAUCAGACCCAUCAUCUCUCCAGCGCUGGACUCAGCUUUCCACUGCAGCCGCAGACCAGCUCGGCGCACUGCAAUGCAUUUUGGGUAGCAUGAAGGACACUCAGGUACGAGGUGAAGAGGUGAGCCGCUGGCUGGACGCCGUGCAGGAAUUGCUGUCGCAGGACUCCAGCUCUCUCAGCGAGGGUGAUAGACUACAGGAAGAGCUUAACCAGUACAAGGAGUAUGUGGGGGAGAUGGAGGCUGUGGAAUCGUCUCUGAACCAGAUGAAGGAAUCGGUAGCAGCAGUACAGCAGAGCUCAGUAUCGGGCUUGACCACGUGGGCACAGAAGGAUCUAGAUGAGAAACGGGGACGUUGGGAAGCGCUCAGCAAACAGUUGCUGCAGCAGCACGAGUGUGUUACUGAGAGUCAGGAGAAAGUGUUGAACCUGAAGAAGGACCUGGCGGAGAUGCGGGAGUGGAUGACGCAGGUGGACGAGGAGUUCCUCAUGAGAGACUUCGAGUACAAGAGUCCGGAGGAGCUGGAUGAGGCUUUGCAGGAGAUGAAGAGGGCUAAAGAGGACGUGUUACAGAAGGUAGUACGAGUGAAGAUUUUGAAAGACAGCAUUCAUAUGUUCAUGAAUAAAGCGCCCCCUGGUGGUCAGGAUCUGAGCGGUGAGCUGGCGGACGUGCUGAAGAACUACCAAAAACUGUGUGACCGCUUCAAGAGCAAGUGCCACACACUGGAGGAGGUGUGGUCAUGCUGGAUGGAGCUUCUGCAGUAUUUGGAUCUGGAGUCUGGCUGGUUACACACACUGGAGGAGAAUCUACAAGCUACAGAGAACCUUUCGGAGAACCCUGAUGCCAUCAACCAGGCCCUGGAGUCUCUGGAGUCGGUCCUGCGACACCCCGGUGAUAACCGGACCCAGAUCCGAGAGCUGAGUCAGACCUUGAUCGACGGUGGGAUCUUGGACGACAUAAUCACCGAAAAACUGGAUAAUUUCAACUCCCGUUACGAUGACCUCAACCAACAGGCAGUUGAGCGUCAGACGGCCCUGGAGCAGUCGCUGGGUGCGCUGAGAGAGAACGAGAUGGUCCUACAUGCACUACAGGAUUCACUCGGUCAGCUGGACCAGACCCUCACCUCCUACCUUACUGACCGUAUAGAUGCAUUUCAGCUACCACAGGAGGCACAGGCAAUCCAGUCUGAGAUCACGGCCCACGAGGUCAAUCUGGAGGACCUGCGCAGAAGGAACGUGGGUAACGUGCCCGCUCCUCCCGAGGGCAAGUCAGGACGAAGUGGGACCAUGCUGGAUCAGCUGCAGAGAAAGCUGAGAGAGAUCACCACCAAGUUCCUGCUCUUCCAGAAACCGGCCAACUUCGAGCAGCGCAUGCUGGAUUGUAAGAGAGUUUUGGAAAACGCUCAAGCUGAACUUCAUGUCCUCGACCUUACUGAUACACAGCCUGAGCAGAUCCAAACACACCUCGCUGGGUGCAUGAAGUUGUAUAAGAUGCUCAGUGAGGUCAAGCUGGAGGUGGAGACGGUUAUUAAAACUGGCCGACAGAUUGUCCAGAAACAGCAGACGGAGAAUCCCAAAAGCAUGGACGAACAGCUGACCGCUCUCAAACUGCUCUACAAUGAACUGGGAGCUCAGGUGACCGAGGGGAAACAGGAGCUGGAGAAAGCUCUGUCUCUGUCUCAGAAACUCCUGAAGGACAGUGCCGGCCUGCAGGACUGGAUCACCUCCACCUGCCCACAGCUGGAGAAGAAAAUCAACACGGGAGACAUGCCCGCGGACAUCGACUCCGAGAUCGACUGGGCCAAUCGCCUUCUGAAGGAGAGCGAUUGUAAGAAAGAAGAUCUGACCAGAGUGACUGAGAACAGCGCCGCCCUGCAGGCACUUGCGGACGGCAGCGAGGCUCAGCUGGAGGAUCAGCUGUUCGUCCUUAAUGAGGGAUGGCAACAAGUGCGCACUCUUACAGAAGACUGGCUCAGCGCUGUACUGAAUCAUCAGCGGGAGGUGGAGAUGUUCGACGAGAAUCUGGCUCACAUCAGCACGUGGCUCUACCAGACCGAAAUCCACCUGGACGAGACCGAGAAGCUUCCCACAGCCGAGAGAGAGCGAGUGGUGAAGGCUGUAUCCAGUGAACUGGACUCGAUGAGCACCAGGGUGGACGGUGCUCGGGAUCAGGGAGUUAUCUUGAUGACCAGCGGAGGUCCUGCGUGCAGAGACGUGGUGGAGCCCAAACUCGCCGACCUCAACCGCAACUUCCACAAGGUGGUGCAGCACAUCAGAACUGCUCAGCUCUCUGUAGGUCUGGAACCUGCUGAAGCUGAGGUACAGCAGAAGAAGAUGCUGAUGGAUGAAACUGCUCCUCCGGCCUCCUCGUCUGAUCUUCAGGAGUUUGAGACUGAGUUACAGGAGGCUCUUACUGCACUGGAGCAACAGGAUCCAACAUGGACACCCGAUGAUGACAAGCUGGAUGAGGAGAAGGCUCGCGUUGAGGAGGUGCUGAGGAGAGGAGAGGAGCUGAUGCAGUCUGUUCCUGAAGAGCGAAAAGAAGAGCUGCGCCUGAGACUGCAGCUACUGCAGACCUGCUACAGGGAGCUACACGUCAUCAGGACCCGUCGUGUCAUGGAAGUCGACCUCGAACCGUCUUCCACACCGUCCCUCCAUCAGGACGAGCGGCGCACGUCUCUCUCACCCUCUACCUUUCUGCUGGACGUGAACAAGGUUCUGCUGGCCAUGGCUGAUAUCGAGCUGCUUCUAAACUCCUCCGAGCUCAGCGGAAGCCUGUAUGAAGAUUUCUCCAGUCAGGAGGACACACUGCGGAACAUCAAGGAGAAUCUGGAGCGGCUGGGCGAGCAGGUGACCCUAUUGAACCAACUUCACCCUGAGGUGGUCCAGGAUUCCUCCAGACAGGAAGUGGUGCAGAUGGCCGACGCCAUGAUCCAGCUGAACGCUGAGUGGGACCGAGUGAACCGCGUGUACAGCCAGCGCAAAGGGAUGUUCGAUCGCGCUAUUGAGGAAUGGAGGAAGUUUCACUGUGAUAUGAACGACUUGUCUCAGUGGCUGAAUGAGACCGAGCAGGUUCUAGAUGAAGAAACAGACAAAGAUUUGGAGCCCGAGCAAGCACUAACCCAGCAAGAGGAGCUGGAAGAAGGUUUGGUGAGUCACCAGGUUGUGCUGGCUGAACUGAUCCCAUCAGCAGACCACAUCAUUGGACAGCUGUCCUCCCCGGAUGGUCCUCUUCUGCAGGACAAGCUGGACAGUCUCUCGCAGCGCUGCGCCGUCAUACGCAACAGAGUGGCUGAGCGCCGCAGGUUAGCAGCUGCUGAUCCCGCUGUGGUUGAAGUGGUGCAGCGCAGUGCUGGUCUGGCUCAGUGGUUAGAACAAACUGAAGCUUCUGUACUGACUCUACCCGUCACCACCACUGACAAGAACCUUCGAGAACUCAAGGCUUUGGCGGAGCAGAUGGAUUUGCAGAACGAGAAUUUGACGUGGCUGAACAGGAACGCAGCGCCGAUCCUCUCCAGCUCCAACCUGAGCGCCCAGGAGAGAGACGUCCACGCGUCCAGCCUGCGCCACAUCAACAUCAACUGGAACAAAGUGACGCGAGAGUUAUUGGAUAAAGUGAGAGACGUGGAGGCUCGGCUACAGGCCGACGCUCAGUUCCAGGAAAGGAGGAACCGUCUGGGUAACUGGAUGUUCCUCACUGAUCAGUCUCUGAGUCGGAACGCUUCCCUGUUGCCCACUGAAGUUCAGGAGCUGGAGUCGACUGUACGGGAACAGAGGAAGGAACUGGAUCUUCUGCUUGUUCACUCUGGUGAAUCGUUAAGGAAGCCUCACGAAAAGAAUGAAGUCCAGCAGCUGGAGGCGGACUGGAAGAUUCUGGACGCCAGACUGAACGAGAUACCGAAGAAGUAUCAAACGCCGUGGAUGCACCAGAUCUCCACACAAGUUUCACCAGUGAGCGCAGGGGUUCAGAGGUCGGCGAUGCCCAGCGAUCCUCCUCUCAGCUCGGCGUACGUGAGCGAUCGGGCCACGGAACUGGCCGAGUGGCUGCAGCUCAUUCAGCAGAUGCUCAAAUCCAGCAUCGUUACGGUGGGAGACACCGAGGAGAUCCGCACCACCAUCAGCCGCCUGGAGGUAACUAAAGCAGAUCUGGAACAGAGGCAUCCUCAGCUGGAGGAGAUUUUCACUCAAGCUCAGAACAUCAAGAAUAAAACCUCUGACCUGGAUGUGCGCACAACCAUCACUGAGAAGUUGGAGAAAGUUCGGAGCCAGUGGGACGGCACCCAGUACGGCGUGGAGACCCGACUUCUGCAGCUGGAUCACAUGAUCACACACAGCGACCAAUGGCAGGAACAAAAGGCUCGGGUAAAGGAUCUGAUUGGACAGAGCGAGGCUCGUCUGCACAGGCUGUUGCAGAUGAACCGAGAGCCGCUCACCAAACAGAUCGGCGACAACAAGGCCUUCCUGCAGGACCUGAGUCGAGAGCACGUGACCGUGGCAGCUUUUAACGAGCUGUGCAAUCAGCUUCUGCAGGACUACGCUGCAGAUGACACUCGCCGGGUCAAAGAGGUGAUGGACAAGCACGCGGCGUCCUGGAGCGCCAUCAAUAACAGGGCAUCGGAUCGUCAGGCGGGUCUGGACCUAGAGCUGAAGAGUCUUCAGGGGUCCCUCAGGGAGCUCGAAUCCUUCCUCAAGUGGCUGCAGGAGGCCGAGACCACCGUCAACGUCCUGGCCGACGCUUCACAGAGGGAGGGGCUUUCUCACGACUCCGCCCGCGCACGGGAACUGAAGAGCCAGCUAGAGGAUAUCCAGGCGGAGAUCGACGCUCAUAACGACGUGUUUAAGAGUGUGGAUGGGAACAAGCUCAGGAUGGUGAAGGCUCUGGGCAGUUCGGAGGAGGCCGUCUUCCUGCAGCAGAGGCUGGACGACAUGAACCACCGAUGGAACGAGCUGAAGGCCAAAUCUGCCAACAUACGGGCUCAUCUGGAGGCCAGUGCAGAGCGAUGGUCCAGGCUGCUGUCCAUUCUGGAGGAGCUUUGGAGGUGGAUCUGCCAGAAAGACGACGAUCUGAGCAAACAGAUGCCCAUCGGAGGAGACGUACCAACGUUACUACAGCAACACGACCACUGCACGGCUCUGAGGGCAGAGAUAAAGGAGAGGGAGCCCAUCGUUGUUAGCACGUUGGACCAGGCGCGCAUGUUCCUGGCUGAUCAGCCAAUCGAAGGGCCCGAAGAGCCACGCAAGAACCUGCAACCAAAAACAGAGCUAUCUCCAGAGGAGAAAGCCCAGCGGGUGGCAAAGGCGAUCCGGAAGCAGGCGGCCGAGGUGCGCGAGCGAUGGGAGAGGCUCCUCGGGCACGUUGGCGGUUGGCACGAUCAGGUGGAACGUUCUCUGGAAAAACUCCAAGACCUGCAGAGCGCCAUGGAUCAGCUGGACGUGCGUCUGAGUGGACCUGAGGAGAUGAAGAGCCGCUGGCAGCCUGUCGGAGAUCUGCUGAUCGACUCGCUGCAGGACCACAUCGACCAGACCACCGCGUUUAAGGAGGAGGUUGCCCCCCUGAAGCAGGAGGUGUUGAUGGUGAAUGCAUUAGCGAGUGAACUGGCUCCUCUGGAGGUGCAGCUCUCCUCCAGCACCAGUCGACAGCUCGACAACCUAGACACGCGCUGGAACUUACUGCAGGCAGCUAUUGAGGAGAGACUGAAGCUCUUACAGGAAGCACAUCGAGACUUCGGACCCUCGUCACAGCACUUCCUCUCCACUUCAGUUCAGCUACCCUGGCAGAGAGCAGUGUCCCAGAAUAAAGUGCCCUAUUACAUAAACCAUCAGACGCAGACGACGUGCUGGGAUCAUCCCAAAAUGACGGAGCUCUAUCAUUCCCUUUCCGAUCUGAACCACGUGAGAUUCUCGGCGUACAGAACUGCCAUGAAGAUUCGCCGGCUACAGAAAGCUCUCUGUUUGGACCUAUUGGACCUGUCGGUAGCUCAGUCCAUGUUCCAGCAGCACAAGCUGAACGUCAACUCGGCUCAGCUCUCCGUCCCCGAAAUCAUCAACUGUCUCACGUCCGUGUACGACGACCUGGAGCAGGAGCACAAAGACCUGGUGAACGUGCCGCUCUGCGUCGACAUGUGUCUCAACUGGCUGCUUAACGUCUACGAUACGGGUCGCAGUGGGAAGAUCCGGGUUCUGUCCAUGAAGAUCGGCCUGCUUUCACUGUGUAAAGGACACCUGGAGGAGAAGUACAAAUGCUUGUUUAACCAGGUCUCAUCACCGGGGGAUACGUGCGAUCAGAGGCAGUUGGGACUCCUGCUGCAUGAUGCAAUCCAGAUCCCAAGGCAGCUCGGAGAGGUGGCAGCAUUCGGUGGCAGCAACAUUGAACCCAGUGUUAGAAGCUGCUUCCAGCAUGUAACCAAUAAGGUGGAGUUGGAGCCGAGGCAGUUCAUUGAUUGGAUGAGGCUGGAACCGCAGUCCAUGGUGUGGCUUCCUGUACUGCACAGAGUGGCGGCGGCGGAGACGGCCAAACAUCAGGCCAAAUGCAACAUCUGUAAAGAGUGUCCCAUCGUAGGCUUCAGGUAUCGCAGCCUGAAGCACUUUAACUACGACGUGUGUCAGAGUUGCUUCUUCUCCGGCCGUACGGCCAAGGGUCACAAGCUGAACUACCCCAUGGUGGAGUACUGCACCCCGACGACCUCUGGUGAAGACAUGCGCGAUUUCACCAAAGUGCUGAAGAACAAAUUCCGCUCGAAGAAAUACUUCGCCAAGCACCCUCGUCUGGGUUACCUCCCCGUCCAGACGGUCCUGGAGGGCGACAACAUGGAGACCCCGGUCACUCUGAUCAGCAUGUGUCCGGAGCAGUACGAGCUGUGUCCAUCACCUCAGCUUCCUCAUGACGACACACACUCCAGGAUAGAGCAGUACGCCAGCAGAUUGGCUCAGAUGGAGCGCUCGAAUGGUUCUCUGCCUACAGACAGCAGCUCAGCCACCGGAAGCAUGGAUGAGGAACAUGCUUUGAUCCUGCAGUACUGCCAGACUCUGGGAUCCGAGGGAGCGUCCUGCAGCGUGUCCCAAAGCCCCGCCCACACGACCAGAUCCCCUGCUGCAAAUCUGCAUUCCUCUGGACAGGUGUUGCAUAGCCCCGCCCAGAUUCUCCAGGCGGUGGAGAGAGCAGAGCGGGAUGAGCUGGAGAGGAACAUCGCUCGCCUAGAGGAGGAACAAAGGUGUCUGAAAAGGGAGUACGAGCAGCUCCAGGAGCAGCAGAGGCAGCGUGGAGGUUUGGAGAGUUUAGAAGGUGGGAUUCGGGACGAGGCCGACCUGUUAGCCGAAGCUAAGCUCCUGAGGCAGCACAAGGGUCGACUGGAGGGGCGUAUGCAGAUCCUGGAGGAUCAUAACAAACAGCUGGAGACUCAACUGUACCGACUCCGGCUACUGCUUCACCCGCCUCAGUCGGAUCCUUCAGUGAACGGUGUUUCCUCCUCCAGCUCUCUGAGUCAGGAACCGAGAGGCCAGCCAGAACACACAGAUGAAAUCCUGGAUCGCUACUUUUCUUUCAUUUCUGAUAUGAAUGACCUUGUGGAGCCGAUUAACGAGAGCUUCCCUGCCUGUUCUUCAGCGAGCCUGUCCUCGGGAUCAGAGGUGAUGUGAGCGCUCCCGACGACCUUUAAACCCUCGAUCACGAUGAGGAGCGAGAUCCGUCUCGGUGGUUUAGUGAAGCUCCCGGAGUUCCACAGAUGGAAGAUCCUGAUCCAGAGAAUAAACUGCAGAUUCAGGCCGAGCUGACCUGCGUCCUCCGUCUGUCUGUACUAUGCAACUGUAAAUCCAUGAACUUGUAGAUUGGAGCUGACUGGGGUUCCAGGCUGAUUUGUAUGAAUAAGCAGAUGAUAUUUAGGGAAACGAGGGUUCGUACUGUAUAAUCAGCUUCUAUUUUUGUGUGUAUUUUUGGUUUCCUCAUUGUUUUUAACCCUUUGUGCCAGUUACUGCGCCAGUCCUCGUACCAGACGUGACUGUGGAACCGGUUUAAGUUUUUAAUCCGUGUACAUGGGUAUGACGAGAACUUUCAUACCACCUUGUUCAUACUGAUUAAUGCAUGUUGCUCCCAGAAUGCAUUCCUCUGAUGUUCCUCGUCGUGUUUACGCUAUAUGUCGAGCGUAAUCGGUGCCCUGAUUCUUUUAAAACGUUUGUAAUGAUGUAAAAAUCCUAUAAAAUAUAUAUAGCUUGUAUACGUCAAUACUGUACGUGUUGAGGAAUGUGGAGAUGUUUCAGCCCUGUGUGCCUAUACAGCAUCCAUUCCAGUCCAGAGAGGAGCUACCUGAUCGUCUACUGUGUGUACUAAAGAGAGACAGAUUAACGAUAACAUAUAACGAUGUUUUUUUGGCCCAAUGAUGAUUUUCUCAGAGUAAAAUAAUUUUAUAAAUCUGCGUUUUGAUUCUAAUCAGAAGAAGCCAUGAUUGCCUUGCUACCUCAGACACGACGGCGCUCGUUUGAGUUUUACUUUCGUAUUUAGGAACACGGUCACUUAAUAAUAUACUAAGCGAAACUACGUCCAUAUUUUUAAGGAACGGUUCAGUGAAGAGUCGAAUAGAUGUUGGAAAAGCUGUACAGUGUUUGGGCGUGGCCGAGAAGUACAUAUGAAACUCCUGACCCCUGGACCGCUUCAGCUUUGGUCAGUGAGGUCAGAUUAAAUUAGUUUGCACUUCAUUUGAGAUGAUGUUGAUCCAUCAGAUGUCUGGUGUUCAGUUUUGGACGUGACCAUGCAUUCACUGUGCAACACGUUUUAUUUAUUUGCUUUUACUGAUUAAUUGGGUAGCACCGUUGUAGGUAAUUUGGCAGAGCUGAGAUCCGAUACGAUGUAUUCGAAAUCCCAGCUCUGGUGUGCUAGCUUGUUUUAUCGCUGCGCCACCUGAGAGGCCAUACGUAUCUGCUUUUUGUAUCCCGCUUCAAUUUGCAGGAUUUUCUUUCCUUCUGUUUAUUCCCAAAUUACAUUAGUUGCUUUUUACCACCUUAAAAUGUAGCAGCAUGUCUUUAAAAGACAAAUCAUUGCAUUAUCAUUAGCAUUUGUUUUUACCUGAGCCCUACUGCAGAUUACCUGGCUCUCGAACCAUGACUUUUAUUUUACACAUGACCCCCUGCAAGUAAGUGUCACACAAUAUUUCAUACUGGUGUAAAACAGGCUGCAGAUGUUUUCUUUCAUUAGUUUCAUUUACUAUGAGUUUUGGGGCGGCACGGUGGCUAAGUGGGUAGAACUGUCGCCUCACAGCAAGAAGGUCCUGGGUUCAAUCCCCAGGUGGGGCGGUCUGGGUCCUUUCCCCGUGUCUGCGUGGGUUUCCUCCCACAGUCCAAAGACAUGCAAGUGAGGUGAAUUGGAAACACUGAAUUGUCCAUGACUGUGAUAUUAAACUUGAUGAUGAAUCUUGUGUAAUGAGUAACUACCGUUCCUGUCAUGAAUGUAACCAAAGUGUAAAACAUGACGUUAAAAUCCUAAUAAUUAAUAAGUAAAUUACUGAUUAAUUAACAUUUUAAUAACAUAAUAAAGCCUGAUUAGAAAGUGUGUGAUAAAUUAACAGCUGAGGACAACCUGUCUACAUACAUACAACUUUUCUGUGUCCAUUUAAAUAAGGCUAAUAUGACCACAUCGAUUACAAAGUCAGUGGCCAGUGGUGUUUUUGCCGGGGUCACCCCCCCUCCUAUUAUUUCUAUGCCCUUAAACUUAUAUUAUGUCAGUGGUCAAUACAAGAACCAUCACAAACACGUCCGGCAUUAAUUUAAAACUGAUGGAUUAUGCAUCACUGCCCACAGUUAAGCAAGCUUUACAAUGUUGUACGUUAGAGGCAGUGAAGGGGAAACAUUUGGGGUAAACUGUGUACUUUGUGUGGGAUUUUACUGAACCGUUCCUUAAAAUCACAAAUUUUAAUAAUUCCACCGAGGAGGAAUAAGGACAACUGAUCAGUCUUCAAAAAGAUAUAGAGACUCACACGAGUAGUCUGAAGAGCCUCACCCGUGGUUGAUCAGAUUGAUCACAGGUCUGCGUGUUUUGACUUUUCAGUCGCUCGCUUUUUCUUCGUGGUGUGUUUUGUGCUCUGCUCUCUCCCGUGAAGCAUUAACACUACUGUAACCGCUCAGGCCGCCAGGUUGGGAUGGAUUGGAGAUCCACUGGUGGUCUAGGAUCGAGUCUUGUCACGUCUUCGUAGCUAACGCGGUUCAGUGGCGGGGGAGUACAUGCAGCGUCACGGCACUGAUUUCUGUGAUGUUUGACGUCCACUGAGUGUGUCGUUCUUACCUGAGGUAGAUAGUCUAGACUGACCACACUACAUGUAAUAUGGUUCUAUGUUUUAUUCCAAAUAAAAUUUUUAUAACAAGCGGU